CACCCAACGGCGCUUUCUCGAAACACACAGAAAAUUCGAACACUAAAUACUCUCUCUCUAGAAAGCAUAACCGUCUUAUCUGUUUCUCUAACUACCAUGCGACAAUGGCCGUGGCUUCGUCAUCGAGAACAAGAUCUGACAUGUACAAGCAUCGCAAAUCGCAGCCGUUCUUUUCCUCUUCUUCGUCGGGCUUCGCGUCGUCCACCUCCUCGAGCUUCUCCUCCGGGUCGUCGACGUUCUUCGCGCGCUCCACCUCCCCGACGCGCAUCUCCAUGUACGCCCACUCUCCUUCCCCGCCGCCGUCGUCGUCGUCGUCCGUACGAUUCGCGAACCGCCCCGGCUCUCCCGGCCGUUCGAUUUCCGUGAAGAAUCAGUUACCAAACCGCAAGAACAAUGACAGCAACAGCGACGCCGGCAAGAGAACGUGCCUGUGUUCCCCUACGACGCACCCUGGCUCGUUUCGGUGCGCCCUGCACAAGAACUCGCCACCUGGCGGCGCCGCUCACCAAUCGCAUUGUGGCGGCCAAAGUUCGUCGUAUCACUCGAGUAUCAGCCUGAACUACAGAAGGUCGGCGAUGAAAAAUUCGCUAGUGAGAAUCGGAGGAGUGGAAGGCGAUUUAGUGAAGAGGGCUUUGUCGGCUCUGAUCAGGCCGUCGUCGCACAGCCAGCGCCGCCGGGUGGAUUUUCAGCCCAAGCCGAGCCGGCUCUCCGUAAUGUCCAAAGCUUCCGACGACGACGUUUAAGUCCUGAAUGGUUCUCGGAAUAUUGCUUGUAUAUUGAUGUUGGGAGGUUAGGGUUUAAUGGAGCAGUUUGGAGAUAGGAGCGAGUUUUACCGGUGAGUUGACUUAGGAAUCGUUCAUCGUGUUUUUUUUUUUUUUUUUUUUUUUUUUUUUUUUUGUAAAGGAUGAUCGCAUGGUGAUAGUACUGUAGAAUCUUGGAUGAAGAAAUAUUUUUAUUUUUCUUCGGAUUAGGGGUUUAUCAGAUUUUUCUUUUUUUUGGAUUUCAUUUGUAAAUUUGAUUUCAUUUGUGAAAAGGUUUUUGCUGAUUAGCUUUGAUUUGUCGUGGACUCAUGGGUUUUGGCUUUGUUUUGCGAUGGGUGGAUAUUUGGAUUUUUAUUCAUACAUUUAUUUUUAA